CUCAUCCUCCACAAAUUCACUUGGCACAUAUUAUAUCUGCUCUUAUUCACUCUUCAGCUACUGCGUUUGGAUACAUCACGAGGCGUUUUGACUGUUGUCGUUCUGUUGUCGCUCAAUCUUUGAUCUGGGUUCAGGUCCCGGGUAUCCUGCUAAGCGUUUGCAUGGUCUGCGCUGCACUCCGAGAACGGAGCAGAGUCAUUACCUAGUAAUUACCUAUCACCUGCAGUUGGUUGUCAACAUGAGUGAGACAAAAGGUGUCAAUGGUGAUGCCAAAAUGAAAUACGAAAGAACCCAGUCGCAGCCUGAGAACCCCUUUGCGGCUCUCAUCCCCGACCAGCAAAUAGCCAUUGUUCCGGAAUUUACACUCGAAUCUGGAGUCACGCUAUACAAUGUUCCCGUUGCAUACACCACCCGCGGCCGGCUCUCGCCAUCUGGUGACAACGCCAUGGUGAUUUGCCAUGCCCUAACCGGCAGUGCUGAUGUGAGCGACUGGUGGGGUCCCCUGCUUGGUGGUCCAGGUAGGGCUUUCGAUACCUCGAGGUUCUUCAUCGUGUGCAUGAACAGCUUGGGUAGCCCCUACGGCACAGCGAGCCCCGUCACGGCCAAGGAUGGCGACCCCAAGAAUGAUCGCUAUGGGCCCGAGUUCCCUCUCACGACAAUUCGAGAUGACGUGAAUCUACACAAACUCAUUCUAGAUGACCUGGGCGUGAAGCAAGUGGCUGCUGUCAUCGGGGGUUCGCUCGGGGGCAUGUUCGUGUUGGAGUGGGCAUAUUUCGGAAAAGACUACGUUCGCUGCGUUGUGCCCAUUGCCACGUCUAGCCGGCACAGUGCAUGGGGCAUUAGUUGGGGAGAAGCUCAACGCCAGAGCAUCUACGCCGACCCAAAGUAUGAUGACGGCUAUUACCCGUUUGACGAUCCGCCUGUGACUGGGCUAGGUGCGGCUCGGAUGUCUGCCCUACUCACCUAUCGCAGUCGCAAUUCGUUCGAGUCCCGGUUUGGCCGGAACAUUCCCGACCCUUCAAAGGUUCAGACGAUUCGAGAACGGCCGCGUCCCAGCACCCCAUCGGAAGCUCAUUUCCACAUUCACAACGACGGGCACAACGUCAAGCGCACAUCAGUCUCACGCAAGAAUAGCCACAAUGGGUCCGGAACCAGCAGUCCGGGCUCGCGAUCAGCCGAAAAUGCUGACCCGCAGUUCCAUGGCCCUGGAAAUGACCAAGAGGAGGAGAGCCUGACUGGAGGAGACAAGAUGCCUACGUCGACGUACUUUUCGGCGCAGUCGUAUCUGCGCUACCAGGGGAAAAAGUUCGUCAAGCGCUUUGAUAGCAACUGCUACAUUGCCAUGACGCGGAAGCUUGACACGCAUGAUGUGUCUAGGGACCGGGCGGCAACGAUCGCCGAGGCGCUCGCGCUAAUUGAACAGCCAUUGCUUGUACUUGGCAUUGAGAGCGACGGGCUGUUUACGUUUGCCGAGCAGGAGGAGAUUGCGCAGCACGUAAAGAAUGCACGACUCGAGCGGAUCGACAGCUCCGAGGGGCAUGACGCCUUCUUGCUGCAGUUCGAGCAGGUGAACCGUUACGUGCUGGGAUUCCUGAAGGAGAUUCUACCUGAUAUCAUGUCAGUCGAGGGUGGCGCCCUAGAGGAAGUCGGCGUGGGCCAGCUGACGAAGUCGAGCACGUUCGGCGAAGCUGAGGUGGAUGAUAUUACUGCAUGGUAACGAUGCAUCUUGUUAGUCUACGACCUGGUAUUCGGGUUCGAUAUGGUAGUGACAUUUGGUACUGGAUACAGACUUGGCAUCAUCUCAAAACUGCAAGGUACAUACUUGCUGUAGAUAUCUUGGCACGUUGCUAGUAAUAGAUAGCGGCUCAUCAAAGAGCCACGGGUAAAAUAUUGGCUAAUACUACGAUUACGAGUACAACAUGUACAUACUGUUGUGUAGUUCCUGAAACACGAU